UAAGCGUCAUCACAGUCAGUCGGUUCCGUUUACUUCAACUUGACAUCGACGACGUUAGAGAAAACGAACUCUUAUUUUGAUGUGUUGACUUUAAGUCUUUAGACAUAAGAGUGUUUUCUUUUAUUAGAGUAAAGUUCACGUGCGAAAUUUGACUUGCCUGUCAGCGUUUGAGUUGAUCACGUCCACAUCGGCAUGUUUGCACUAAAGGCUCUAAGGAGUUUUUCUCCUGCGACGAAAAAUGUUUAUUUGCAGAGUAAACAGGCGUUCAGCGGCACUAUCUCGAGGAUGCAGCUUGGGCAGGUCCAGCAUGGGGAAACAGCAGCACCUUUUCGACCUGAAACACCCAUGGCCAAGACUCUGAUGGACAUCGGCACCAGACGGAUCUUCUCAGGGGAGCAUGACCUGUUCCGUCAAAAUGUGCGCCGGUUUUUUCAAGAGGAAGUUGUUCCAUAUCACGCUCAGUGGGAGAAGGCUGGAGAGGUUAGCAGAGAGGUUUGGGAAAAGGCUGGAGAACAUGGAUUACUAGGAAUAUAUACACCCGAGGAGCAUGGAGGAAUCGGAGGGGACCUUUUUUCUGCUGCUAUAGUGUGGGAGGAGCAAAUGUACUGUAACUGCAGUGGUCCUGGGUUUUCGCUCCAUUCUGAGGUUGUAAUGCCUUAUAUCAGUCACUAUGGCUCUAAGGCUCAGAUCGAGCACUAUAUUCCACAGAUGACUGCUGGGAAAUGCAUCGGGGCCAUCGCUAUGACAGAACCUGGAGCCGGCAGUGACCUUCAAGGAGUGAAGACAUUUGCAAAAAAAGACGGCACUGACUGGAUUCUUAAUGGGAGCAAGGUGUUCAUCAGUAAUGGCUGGAUGAGUGAUAUGGUGAUUGUAGUUGCUGUGACUAACCGUGAAGCAAAGACAGCAGCUCAUGGAAUGAGUCUGUUCCUGGUUGACAGCGGCACUAAGGGCUUCCAAAAAGGCCGCAAACUGGAGAAGCUUGGACUCAAAGCUCAGGAUACAGCCGAACUGUUUUUUGAGGAUGUGCGUUUGCCUGCUGAAGCUUUGUUGGGUCAGGUCAAUAAAGGAUUUUAUUAUAUGAUGAACGAGCUGCCACAGGAGCGCCUUUAUAUAGCAGUCAUGGCUCUUGCCAGCUGCGAGUUUAUGUUUGAAGAGACAAGGAACUAUGUGAUGCAGCGGAAGGCAUUCGGCAGGACCAUCGCUGACCAGCAGGUGGUGCAGCACAAACUGGCUGAGUUGAAAACAGACAUAUGUGUAGGUCGAGCUUUUAUUGACAGCUGCCUUCAGCUCCACAAUGAGAAAGACCUGGACUCAAGCACAGCGUCCAUGGCCAAAUACUGGGCCACAGAUUUACAGAAUAGAGUUGCUACUCAGUGCCUGCAGCUUCAUGGUGGAUGGGGCUACAUGUGGGAGUAUCCGAUAGCCAAGGCUUUUGCAGACUCCAGAGUUCAACCCAUCUUCGGAGGAACCAAUGAGAUCAUGAAAGAACUAAUCUCACGCAAAAUCGUUAGUAAAAUAUAAAUGCAGGAAAAAUGGAGAAAAAAAAAGAAAAGAAAAAAA